AGAUUGUCGCAGGAUGUAGCCCUGACCGUACAGCACGUCCAUACGGCAUACAUGGUAUUCGUUGCCAUCUUACUACUGCUUAGUUUUAAUAUGAACAAAGCUGAUUCGUUGUUUUAAGUGCUAACCAAAUUCGGGUGUUUAGUAAACAGUUUUACCUUAAUCGUUUAUCUUAUGCCCAAGAGACAUCCUAAUAUGCUGUUAUUAUAAUUAUUAUUAUGAAUUACUAUUACUAUUACUAUUCUGAGAUGUCAGAGGACGUAUUAUAGCAGUAGAUUUUUUUCACUGUACUAAAACCCGAUCCUAGAUCUCGCUAAAUAGUAAUUUCUAAUUACUUAAUACUUAUUAGUGUUUAGUUGAUGUCUGAUGGGCGAGUAUCAUACUGGCCGUACUGCCGAAGUGUAAACUAUUAACUAGUCUAGACUCUAGACAAUUGUAUCGAAACAAAACUGCGGAACUAACUGACCUAUUAUUUUGACACCUAUCUUUUGGUCACAACUAGUGUUGGAUGGGUAGACCUGAUAUGCAGGAGCGCUUUGAAACGAAUUUUUAUCAAUGUCUGUAUCAAAAUACUUUGCUCAACAAAACGAACCAGAAACUGAUGACUUAGCUGAUUGUUUUAUAAAUUUAGAAAAUGAUCUUGUAUCUCAGUUAAAAAAUUUGAAUUAUGGUCCAGAUGUUGAAUAUAUUUAUAAUCCUUUAGAUUAUGCUUCCAAUUUACACAAGAUAUUUUUAAAAAAGUUUUUACUUACAAGCAAAAAAGUAUUAUUCUUAGGCAUCAACCCAGGACCUUGGGGAAUGUGUCAAACUGGUAUACCAUUUGGUGAAGUUAAUAUUGUCAGAAGUUAUUUAAAAGUAGAUGGAGAAGUAUUAACACCCACAAAUUAUCAUCCUCAAAGACCAAUUAAUGGUCUUAACUGCCAUAGAAGUGAAGUGAGUGGUAAACGAUUAUGGGAUCUUUUUAUUGAACUUAGCAAAGAUGAUCCAUAUAAGUUUUUCAAAGAUUGCUUUAUUCAUAACUAUUUCCCUUUGGCAUUAAUGAAUAAAAAUGCUAAGAAUAUCACACCAGGUGAUUUAAAGAGUGAAUACCAAAAAAAAUUACAAGAAAUCUGUGACAAAUCGUUAAGUGAUAUAGUUACUUUACUUCGUACUGACACCAUUGUUGCUAUUGGAAAAUAUGCUGAAAAAAGGUCUAUCGAAAUAGUCAAGAAGUUUAAAUUAAACAAUAUUAAGGUUGUACUUAUUCCUCAUCCCAGUCCACGCAGUGUUGGUACAGCAGAAAAAUGGAAAAAUGAAACGUUAAAUCAACUUAAAUCAUACCAUAUUCUCCAGUUGUUCAAAUAAAAAUGGAUUGGAGUGCUCAUAUGAAUAUAUCAUUAUGUUUAGCUAAAGAUGCAUUAGAAGUAGGGGAAGUUCCUGUUGGCUGUAUUUUUGUUGAUAAUGAUGGUAAUAUUUUAGCUUCUGGUCGUAACACUGUAAAUGAAACAAAAAAUGCAACUAGGCAUGCUGAAAUAAAUUGUGUCGAUACCAUUGUUAA